AUGCCUCCGCCUCCGCCUUCCCGCCUGCUGGCCCUUCUCACCGCCGGCAACCCGCCGCCGUUCCGCCUUCUCCUGCAGCUCCACGGGCACCUCCUCGUCUCUGGCCUCCUCUCCUCCUCAUCCCCCUUCGCUCCCCGCCUCGUCUCCGCCUUCGCACUCACGGAACUCGCCUCCCCUCGCCCGCUCCUCCACGCGCUCGCCCUCCUCGCAUCCCUCCCCUCCCCGCCUGACUCCGCGUCCCCCUACAACGCCGCCCUUCGCGCGCUCUCCCUGUGCCAGCACCCGCAUCUCCUCGACCUCCACUGCCUCCCGCUCUACCGCGCCCUCCUCAACUCCGGCUCCGCGCGGCCCGAUCACCUCACCUUCCCCUUCCUCCUCAAGACCUGCGCGCGCGUGCGGGAGCGCUUUUACAGCGGCAGCGCGGUGCUCGCGCACGUUAUCAGGCUCGGCUUCAACUCGGACGUCUUCGUGCUGAACGCCGCUAUGCAUUACUGGUCUGUUUGUGGGUCCAUGGCGGACGCCCGCAGAUUGUUCGAUGAAAGUCCCGUGAGGGACGUGGUCUCGUGGAACACGCUUAUUGGCGGGUAUGUGCGAAGGGGUCUCCCUGGAGAGGCGCUGGAGGUGUUUUGGAGGAUGGUGGAGGAAGGAACAGUGAGGCCGGAUGAGGUUACGAUGAUUGGGGCUGUAUCAGGGUCUGCGCAGCUAGGUGAUUUGGAACUUGGGAAGAGGCUGCAUGAGUUUGUGGAGUGUAAUGGGGUGAGGUGCACUGUGAGGCUGAUGAAUGCGGUGAUGUAUAUGUAUGUCAAAUGUGGCAGUUUAGAGCUGGCGAAGUUGGUGUUUGAAAGGAUCGAUACCAAAACUGCAGUUUCUUGGACAACAAUGAUUGUUGGGCAUGCAACGCUUGGGACAAUGGAGGAUGCACGGAAGCUGUUUGAUGAGAUGCCCGAAAGGGAUGCAUUCCCGUGGAAUGCUCUGAUGGCUGGAUAUGUACAGAGUAAGCAGGGCAAGGAGGCUAUCGCGUUGUUUCAUGAGAUGCAGGAAGCAAAGGUGACCCCAAAUGAGAUCACAAUGGUCAAUCUCCUAUCUGCUUGCUCUCAGCUUGGAGCAUUAGAAAUGGGGAUGUGGGUUCACCAUUACAUUGAAAGACAUCGGCUUUCUCUUAGUGUUGCUCUUGGCACUUCUCUAGUUGACAUGUAUGCUAAGUGUGGCAACAUAAAGAAAGCUAUAUGUAUAUUCAAAGAGGUUCCGGAGAAAAAUGCUCUCACUUGGACAGCAAUGAUAUGUGGCCUGGCAAAUCAUGGGCAUGCAGAUGAGGCUAUAGAGCACUUCCGGAGAAUGAUAGAGCUUGGAUUACAGCCAGAUGAUAUUACAUUCAUUGGGGUUCUCUCUGCGUGUUGUCAUGCCGGUUUGGUUGAAGAAGGUCGGGAAUUUUUCUCCCUAAUGGACUCAAAAUAUCACCUCAAGAGAAAAAUGAAACAUUAUUCAUGCAUGAUAGAUUUGUUAGGCAGAGCAGGGCAUUUAGAUGAAGCAGAAAAGCUAGUAAACACCAUGCCUAUGGAUCCUGAUGCUGUAGUUUGGGGUGCUCUCUUCUUUGCUUGUAGGAUGCAUGGUAAUAUCACUCUUGGCGAAAAGGCAGCAAUGAAAUUGGUAGAACUUGAUCCAAGUGAUAGUGGAAUCUAUGUGCUACUAGCUAAUAUGUAUGCGGAGGCAAACAUGAGGAAGAAGGCUGACAAAGUGAGGGCUAUGAUGAGACAUUUGGGAGUGGAGAAGGUUCCUGGAUGUAGUUGCAUUGAGCUGAAUGGUGUAGUUCAUGAAUUUGUCGUGAAGGAUAAGUCACAUGUGGACACUAAUGCAAUUUAUGACUGCUUACAUGAGAUCACGCUACAAAUAAGGCAUACUGUAAACAUGAUUGACAUUUCAGCUACUGGCAUCAUGUAGCAUUUUUUAGCCUAGAAACUGCUGGCCUUGUUCUGAGAGAUGGUAUGCCAGUUGUUUUGCACAACUCAAUCAUCUGAUGAAUUGUACCAGCUGGCUAGGCAAUGUGCCCAGAGACGUGGAUUUUCUUAUGCUGAUCGAUAUUUGAGUCACCUCAAGAGCAUUUUUCAUAUUAAUGAAGAUAGUGAUGUCCA